ACCCACUUCCAGGUGAUUGGCCCCACAUGGCUGCCAGGCCUACUUCCUCUAGCAGGCCCCACCCCCAAGCAGAUUCCUUUCAGCAGUCCACCCCUAAAUGUCCCUGUGGGUGUGGCUCCUGGUACCCAGGGAUAGGCGCUGCUUUGGGAACUGGGCCAUUUCUUCCUAGGCUCUGAGCUGAGACUUUGGGCAGGCUGUCCCACCACGUUCCACACAUGGCUUUCAAGGAAAGACUCAGGGCCAGGAAGAAAAUCUUCUGGCGGCUGAUCCUGCUUGCAUUUGGCCUCUUGGGCUUGCUCCUGUAUGGGUUCCCAAUACUCAGGCAACUGGAAGUCCUCCUCCCCAUGGGUGUCUGCCCAAUAGCCACAAUGCAACAGCUGCGAGACAACUUCACAGGUGUCUUGCAUCCUAGGGCCCGCCCUGAAGUCCUGACCUGUACCUCCUGGGGGGCCCCCAUUAUUUGGGAUGGCACCUUUGACCCAGAUGUGGCCCAGCAAGAGGCUGGACAGCGGAACCUCACCAUCGGGCUGACAGUUUUUGCCGUGGGCAGGUACUUGGAGAAGUACCUGGCGCGCUUCCUAGAGACUGCAGAGCAACACUUCAUGGUGGGCCUGCCCGUGCUGUACUAUGUGUUCACCGAGCGGCCGGCGGCAGUGCCGCGCGUGGUUCUGGGCCCUGGGCGUCGGUUACACGUGCAGCGCGUGGCGCGCGAGCGGCGCUGGCAGGAUGUGAGCAUGGCACGGAUGAGCACGCUGCACGCGGCGCUGGCAGGCCCGCUGGGCCGUGAGGUGCACUUCGUGCUCUGCAUGGACGUGGACCAGCAUUUCAGCGGUACCUUCGGACCCGAGGUGCUGGCCGAAUCAGUGGCACAGCUGCACGCCUGGCACUACCACUGGCCCCGGCGCCUGCUGCCAUUCGAGCGCGACGCACGCUCAGACGCCGUGCUGGGCCCUGGCGAGGGCGACUUCUACUACCACGCGGCCGUGUUCGGGGGCAGCGUGGAGGCCCUGCGCGCGCUGACGGCGCACUGCGCGUGGGGUCUGCAGCGUGACGCCGCGCGCGGCUUCGAGGCGCGCUGGCACGACGAAAGCCAUCUCAACAAGUUCUUCUGGCUGCACAAGCCCACCAAGGUGCUGUCGCCCGAGUUCUGCUGGAGCCCGGACAUCGGCCCACGGGUGGAGAUUCGCCACCCGCGCCUGCUCUGGGCGCCCAAGGAGUAUGCACUGUUGCGAGACUAGCGAGCGCAGCCCACACGGGGGCCCACAGGGAUGCCUGGGCACCGGGAGAGUGGGGACUGGGAGUUGGCGGGGAAGGGAGGGGGCGAAGAAAGGGUCCUGGGAGCCGGGGGUCCCUCCUGGAAGCUACAUGACGGCUUGAAGGGCAGAAGGAGAGAGGCUGGAGCAAGCUUCGCGCCAUCCCGUGAUCCCCCGCCCCCACCUUUCAGUUUGCGCAGCGACUAAGGCAC